AUGGACACUCAAGUAGAACGUAAGGUAGCAAAAGUCGUGGUACUCGGAGACAUCGGUAGAAGUCCACGUAUGCAGUACCAUGCGUUAUCACUAGCGAAUAACGGUCUAGAAGUACAAAUUAUUGGUUAUUUGGAGUCUCAACCGCUGACGGAAAUUUCAGAACAUCCUCACAUCAAGAUUCACAAACUCCAUCCUUUAUCUCUUAACGGAGCUCCUAGAUUGGCGAGAUAUGUUGCCAAAGUUAUAUGGCAGACUAUAAGUUUGUUGUUUACACUAUUUACCACUGGAAAUGGUGACUAUGUGUUAUGCCAAAAUCCCCCAGCAAUUCCGACUUUACCAGUCUGUCGUUUUUACUGUUUGUUUACUAGAACCAAGUUUAUUAUAGACUGGCAUAAUUAUGCCUACUCGAUUAUGGCUAUGUCGUACUCUGCAGAUCACAUAAUAGUGAGGUUAGCGAGGGCCAUUGAGAAGUUCUUUGGUCAAUCAGCUGAUUAUAACUUAUGUGUCACUUAUUCAAUGAAAGAAGAUUUAUUAACACAUUGGAAUUUAAAGCAGGCCACAGUACUAUAUGAUAGGCCACCGAAAAUAUUUCAUCCUAUAACAUUAGAGGAAAAACAUGAGUGGUUCUUAAAGUUAAGUGCACAAUACCCUGAGUUUGGUCCAGGUAAACAGGCCUUGAAUGAAACCACAAAUAUGGAUAGUGCGCGCACAGCAUUUACCCAAGUGACAGACAAGACUGUUGUGGCUCGGAAAGAUAGACCUGGGCUAUUAUUUAGUAGUAGCAGCUGGACUCCAGAUGAAGACUUUGGAAUAAUGAUAGAUGCUUUUCAGGUUUACGAAACUACAUAUGAUACAGCCAAGAAUCUUCCUAAGCUUGUUUGUGUUGUUACGGGAAAAGGGCCCAUGAAAAACCAUUAUCUAGAGGUGAUAGAACAAAAACAAUGGAAACACAUAAAGGUCAUUGCACCCUGGCUAGAAGCAGCAGAUUAUCCUACAAUGGUGGCUAGUGCAGAUUUAGGUCUCUGUUUUCACACAAGCUCUUCAGGCCUAGAUCUACCGAUGAAGGUUGUGGACAUGUUUGGAGCAGGGCUUCCUGUUUGUGCCUUUGAUUUCCUGUGUUUAGAUGAGCUAGUUGAAGACGGUAUAAAUGGAUAUACAUUUAAAAAUAGUGAUGAAUUAGCUAAAAAAAUUGUCAACUGGUUCAAAGAAUUUCCUAAUAAUGCAAAACAAAAUGCUCUGGCUGAGAGGAUGAGGGAAGAACUAGGUGUCUUUCAGAAGACAAGAUGGGAAGACAAUUGGAAUCUUAGAGUUAAACAUUAUUUUAUAUCAUGA